AUGAGAUGGGUGAAUAACAAACGCCCCGUGCAAGAGCAGGGAGGCGUUGAGCGAUCUGCAGACCCGUCGGGAGCAAGUGGGAGGCAGGCACCUGCAGACCCGUCGGGGAGCAAGCCCAGGAGGCAGCGCGCCACGGGCCGUCGGGAGCCCAGGAGGCCAGAGCCUUUGCCACGGGCCGUCGGGGGCAAGCCCCGGGAGGCAGGCAGCGCCACGGGCCGUCGGGGCAAGCGGGAGGCCAGGCAGCGCCACGGGCCGUCGGGGGCAACAGCGGGAGGCAGGCGCGCCACGGGCCAAUCAAAGAGCAAGCCCGGGAGGCAGGCCUUUGCCACGGGCCGUCGGGGGCAAGCCCCAGGAGGCCAGGCAGCGCCACGGGCCGUCGGGGGCAGCCCCGGGAGGCCUUUGCCACGCGCCGCGGGCGUCGGGCAAGCCCAGGAGAGGCAGGCGCGCCACGGGCCAAUCGGGGGCAAGCCCCGGGAGGCAGGCGCCCACGGGCCGUCGGGGGCAACUGGGAGGCAGGCCUUGCCACGGGCCGUCGGGGGCAAGCGGGAGGCAGGAGCCUUUGCCGCAGACCCAAUCGAGGGGAGCAAGCGGGAGGCAGGCACUGCCACGGGCCGUCGGGAGCAAGCGGGAGGCAGGCCUUUGCCACGGGCUGUCGGGGGCAAGCCCCAGGAGGCAGGCAGCGCCACGGGCCGUCGAGAACAGCGGGAGGCAGCCUUUGCCACGGGCCCGUCGGGGCCCAGGAGGCAGGCCUUGCCACGGGCCGUCGGGAGCAAGCGGGAGGCAGGCCUUGCCACGGGCUGUCGAGAACAGCCCAGGAGGCAGGAGCACUGCCGCGGGCCGUCGGGGGCAAGCGGGAGGCAGGCCUUGCCACGGGCCGUCGGGAGCAAGCGGGAGGCAGGCCUUUGCCACACGGGCUGUCGGGGAGCAAGCCCAGGAGGCAGCGCCGCGGGCCGUCGGGGAGCAAGCGGGAGGCAGCGCCACGCAGGCCGUCGAGGGGGCAGCCCCAGGAGGCAGGCAGCGCCACGGGCCCGUCGAGGGGGCAAGGAGGCAGGCCCCAGGAGCCAGGGAGGCAGCGCCACGGGCCGUCGGGGCAAGCGGGAGGCAGGCCUUUGCCACGGGCCCGUCGGGAGCAAGCCCAGGAGGCAGGCCUUGCCACGGGCCGUCGGGGGCAAGCGGGAGGCAGGCCUUUGCCACUGUCGAGAACAGCGGGAGGCAGCAGCGCCACGGGCCGUCGGGAGCAAGCCCCAGGAGGCAGGCCUUUGCCACGGGCCGUCGGGGGCAAGCCCAGGAGGCCAGGCAGCGCCACGGGCCGUCGGGAGCAAGCGGGAGGCAGGCCUUUGCCACGGGCCGUCGGGAGCAAGCCCAGGAGGCAGGGCCUUGCCACGGGCCGUCGGGGGCAAGCGGGAGGCCAGGCACUGCCACGGGCCGUCGAGAACAAGCGGGAGGCAGGCCUUUGCCACAGACCCGUCGGGGGAACAGGGAGGCCUUGGCGCCACGGGCCGUCGGGAGCAAGCGGGAGGCCUUUGGGCCUUGCCACGGGCCGUCGGGGGCAAGCCCAGGAGGCAGGCCUUUGCCACGGGCCGUCGGGGGCAAGCGGGAGGCCAGGCAGCGCCACGGGCCGUCGGGGCAGCCCCAGGAGGCAGGCGCGCCACGGGCAGCGGGAGGCAGGCCUUGCCACGGGCUGUCGGCAAGCCCAGGAGGCAGGCAUCCGGGCCGUCGGGGAUCAAGCGGGAGGCAGGCAGCGCCACGGGCUGUUUUGGACUUUGGGAAAGGGAUGGUGCUCGGCACUUGACCUUUAAUGUUUCAAGACUUCUUUGCCUUGAAAGUGAUGGGGGCAUCCUCGGAAGGGCCUCCUCGUGCGUUAAGGGACGGGAGGUAAGGGGCGUCGGAACCUCGUGGGGCGAGAGGAGAUGA